GAUGCAAUACUUGAAAAGAGGCUAUUGAUUCUCUGGUACGGAAAUGGAAACUGCGGUUUUAGUCUCUGCAUUCUGCUGAAACCUUUAGUUCAGCACUUUUUGAACAAAAGACACAAUGGAAAAAGUCAUGUUCUUCUUCUGUGUAUUUUCUUAUUGGAUUAUGCAAAUCACGUCCAGUGAUGCAUCAGUACGAGGAUCUUCUGAUCUGUUAAAAGUUCAGAUGGGAGAAAACAUCAUUCUGAACUGCAGCGUGAGAAAUAGAUAUGAAGUGGCCUGGUAUCAUCUCAGAUCUGAAGAGCUCAUUCUACUGAUUUCUGCAGAGAAGGACAAAGCCGGGAGAAAACUUCUGAUCAACUACAAUCAAAACAAAACUCGCCUGAAAAUCACAGCAGACAGCUGGGUCACCAGAGUCUCUCUAACUAUUUCAGGAGUAUCAGAGUCAGAUUCUGGUCUUUAUUUCUGUGGAAUAAAGUCUGACGCUCCAGAGAUGCACUUCGACAAACCCAUCAGACUGGAGAUUGAGGGUCUGUCUGUGACAGAAGAGCCAGAAGUUGACGUCACAGAUGGUGUGACCCCGACAGAGCGGAUGUUGAUGUUCGGUGGUGUUGGACUCGCUGUAUUUGUGUUUUUUCUGACUACAGUCAUCGCUGGAGGAAUCAUUUACCAUCGCGGUUGGCAGAAAGGAUGGAAAGAAGCGAAACAUGGAGCUCUCUUUAGCUAAAUGAUAUCAGUCUCUGCUUUAUUUGACAGUCUGAGCUUUGUCACAAAUGUGUCUGUGGCUCAGAUGUCUUUUCCUGUUGACAAGAUAAAAUUUUCGCUUCAGAGAAACGGAGAUGUUGCGGUAAAUGAUGUAUUUUUCAGCACCAGUGGAACGGUUGUGGUGAUUAUUCAAGUUUGUUUGAUUCAGUCAAUAUUCAGAUAAAUAUCAAAGUGUCGAGCUACUGUCUAUAACACGAUGUCUAUUAAUUCUGUAUCAAUGAACAAAAUGUAUGCUAGAGUGCAGUUUUUACAUGUAGAAUAAGCCAAUGUCCUUCAAAAAGAGCAGCAAAACAGCUUCUUCUCAAUGCAAACAAGCUUUAAUAUCAUUAGACCGGCCAGACCAACAUUUUGCCUGGCUAUAGCUUUAGACUUUAUACAUUUAUGAGGAGCAUUAAUAUGUACAUAUAAGCUAUUUUCAAGAGAAAAUAUAAAUGUAAAUCUCUUCUGUCGCACAUAAAGCUUGAUUUAAUAAAAAUGUCAACAGAUGUCUUCAAUGAUAAAUGUGUUGUUGAGAGAUCUGCUCAAAUAAACAGCAGUAAAACAGAAUGUUUGAUUUCUGCCAGAGAAUCUCAUCUCAGGCAGCAGGAAGACUGCAGAGAACAGGUAUGAUGUGCACUCAGCAAAGAGCUGAGGAUACAGCAGAGUAAAGUAGCAGAGAAAAUCAGAGUAGAGAAAGAACAGGUGUGGAGAUGAUCAGCAUGAGCUCUGACAGCAAUAGUGAACAGCUGAGUCUAACAGUAAUGACAGGAAAAAGAAACAGGGAGAAUAUCAAACCCGACUCUUUCGGAAACUUUCAGACAAAAGGUUUCAGAUCAUUGUCAGGCAAUGCACUAUAAUGAUUUCCUGA